UUUUGUCUUCUUUUGGGCUACGCGUAUAUGUUAAUCUGUAGCCACGAGGAAACUAUCUCCAAUGCUGAUGUGUUUCUUAUUAUUUGGAUGGGAAGUUUCUUCAUUGAAGAAACCAAGCAGUUUUCCAUUGCAAUAUGGAGAAAGAAAUUCACUGCAUACAUCAAGGAUCCAUGGAAUAUACUGGACUGGCUCUCAAUGUUAACAUUUACCUGUGGGAUGCUGUUAAAGCUAGGAAAUGAAUUACAUUAUUACAACGCCUCCAAGAUCCUUCUUGUUUUAGCUUUCAUCAUUCUAAGCAUCCGGGUUUUUAAUUUGUUCUGUAUUUCUGAGCUUCUUGGGCCAACACUUGUUAUCAUACGAAAAAUGUUUAUAGACACUUUUGCCUUUAUGGCAAUUAUGACUGUCUUCAUCAUGUGUUACAAUGUUUCGUACUUCGCCAUAUUGUAUUAUGGAAAUUCAGAUGUCAGCUUCAAUACAUUGGAAAAAGUUACCCGAAAUGGAUAUUGGAUGCUUUUUGGAGAAUUAAAUUUGGAAGGAGAUAGGCUCGAAGAACCAGAGUGUUCCUUUGAUGAGAAAGUAUAUUCCAGUGGAAGUCUAGAGAGGUGUCCCUCUUCUCUUGGGAGAUUUUUGGCACCUUACCUAAAGGCAUUACUUCUUUCGGGAACGUUGAACCUUGUGGAAUCAACAUUAAGUAUCAGUCAAACUGAUGGGGGAUAUAAGGAAGAAAGUGAUGAGAAACUCAACAAGCACCCUAUGUUUGUCAGAG